AUGCUUUACAGUUUUAAACUUAGCGUUCUACUAACGACACUGCUGCUCCAAACAGUGACAAGCAAACGUGAUCAAACGGCAUCACAAAGUCACACACCACAAACGAAGUUGAUAACACUAAGAGAAGUAAACGAACAAGACUACGAUGAGGAUUCCGGGAUUUUUGAACUGCCGAUCGUAGCGGGCCCACGCGAUUUGGGUGCACUACUGGCGCUGCAGACAACCACCACCCAAAAACCACAUUAUGAUCACCACGAGCAUCAUUAUCAUCACCACCCCACUAGGCGGCCACCGAAAAGGCGACCCCGCCCAUGCUCUGACGACGAUGAAGAUAGUGACGAUUGUGUAGAUAACUACUAUGUUCGACCAUCAUGGCAUUACACACCGACCUGGUAUGCAACGCCACCGCAACCACCGCCAGUAGUUGGUCCACAUCCAUCUUAUUAUGGGCCCCAGCCAAUUUAUUACCCUCAACCAUCAUAUUAUCCACAACAAUAUUAUCCACAACAAUAUUAUCCACAACAACAUUAUCCACAACAACAUCAUCCACAACAACAUCAUCCACAACAACAUCAUCCACCACCAUAUUAUCCUCCAUCGUAUUCACACAACUAUCCACCAUGGCACAUUUAUAACCACACGCAUACAGCAGAUCAGCCUUUACCUGGUAGUGUGUUAGGCGACAGUAUACGAAUACCAUCUCAGCUUUUGAAAAUGAAGCUGCGUGAGCCUACUGUGCAGCUGUUUGCUAAACCGAAACCGGUGUGUGUGGCUAGGCCCAAUAAGAGUGUCUACCAACCGGCGAUUUUCGUUUACGAACAACGUAUUGCAGAUUUGGAUUGA